UACUUUUCAAGAAGCUUCUUUCCAUUAAAAAAAAUUUGGCAACACUGUGACACCGGCAGUGUCAAGAUGGUGGCAAUCAGGAUGCAGUUUUUACUUUAUUUGGUGUUGCUAUUAAACGUUUACAACAGUUUUGUUUCUGCGUUGUACUUUCAUAUCGGGGAGACGGAGAAGAAAUGUUUAAUAGAAGAAAUACCGGACGAAACCAUGAUCAUAGGAAACUACCGAACACAGGUAUAUGACAAGCAGAAAGAUGAGUAUUUGCCUGCAACUCAGGGACUGGGGAUGUUCGUGGAAGUGAAAGAUCCCGAUGAGAAGGUGAUCCUGUCCCGCCAGUAUGGAUCUGAGGGCAGGUUCACAAUCACCUCCCACACACAUGGAGAGCAUCAAAUCUGCUUGCAUUCAAAUUCCUCCAAAUUUGCUCUGUUUGCCGGUGGAAUGCUUCGUGUUCACCUGGAUAUCCAAGUUGGUGAGCAUACAAACAACUAUACAGAAAUUGCUGCCAAAGACAAGCUCACGGAGAUGCAGCUACGAGUGCGCCAGCUAAUGGAGCAGGUGGAUCAGAUUCGGAAAGAGCAGAACUAUAAAAGGUAUUGUGAGGAACACUUCAGACAGACCAAUGAGAGCACCAAUCAGAGGAUUUUGUGGUGGUCCAUUUUCCAGGCACUCAUCCUGGUGGCUUUUGGAUUUUUGCAAAUGAGACAUCUCAAUGAUUGGAAAAAGUGUAAUGAUAUCGGAGAUGUCCACCUCCCUACAGAAUACUAUUUUGGGGCCUCUGCAGCUACAGAAGAUCUGUCUGACAACGCUGAUGAUCCAACGGGUAAUUUCCGAAGCACACCUCUCACUGGCUGGAAGGUCUUCCCAGUGUUCGAAUUAUGUCAAAGCUUAUGGCGGGGUUCCCUAACCAAGCCCCCCCAUCAUUAUAGGGUUGCUGUGAUUUCACAAGGUAAGAUUUGAUCCUGGAUCAACAAUCAUUUGAUCCUGGUUUUAAUCAAAGAA